CCACCGCGCGAAGCCGCGUGAAGGCAGAUUCCCCCUUCGAAAUAAUGUUUGUAUAAAUACGGCUGGCAUGAUUGUAUCGAAUCAUACACGAAUCAACCAUCCUUUAGAGUACAAACAACCAGCUUCCUUCUAAGCCUAGAGCUGUUUUCUUCUAAAAUUGACCCAGUAAUCAUCAUCCGUCGAAGCAGUUUUCCUCACCGCGUCAACAACAACGACCAAUCGAUCCUAGUGAAAUCCUGUUUCCAGUGUUCUACCGAGUGAACCGCAAUCAAAAAGCAAUCAUGAAGUUCUUCGUCGCAGUCGCCGUCGUCUCGCUGGCCGCUCUGGUCGCCGCCGAACCACCAUCCCCGUACAGCAACUACCAGCAGGGCGGGAAUGGGAAUAACGGUUACAACUAUAACGCAAACUCAAACGGGUACAACUAUCCAUCUGCCCCAUCCACCCAAUACGGAGCGCCGUCCGGUAACGGAGCCGGUGGUGCCGGCGGGUACAACUAUGCUGAUGCCAACGCUAACGCCGAACCCGCCAAGUACAGUUUCGAGUACCACGUUCAGGACUUCCAGUCCGGCAACGACUUCGGGCACAUGGAAUCUCGCGAUGGAGACCGCACCACCGGCCGCUACUUCGUCCUCCUUCCCGACGGCCGUAAGCAAGUUGUAAACUACGAAGCCGACCAGAACGGAUACCGCCCAACCAUCUCCUACGAAGACACUGGUGCCGGUGCCGGAGGCUACCCAAACAGCCAACAGGGAGGAUUCCAGGGAUACUAAGGUAACAAGAAAGUCCGAGCCUCAUGACAGGUAAUCCACACCAGUUAGGAAUGAAUUUAAACUCUUAGUUAGUUAUGUGCUUAGUGAAUUAUUCUCACUCUUUCCACCUCAACCCUAUUCCCUAUCCUGCCACCCAACAGGGUGGAAAUUGGCCAGUAUUUUCAAACUAUCGAUCUUUACCAGCUCCUUCUGUGAGCAAGCAUCGGAUAUUCUCCAUAAAAAAACCAAACAAAAUCUUGACCACUGGCAUCGAACACUGGAAAAACGAUUUCAAAAUGUAACCACGAACGUAUUAAAACAAAACACGAAUGUUUAUCACGCUUUUCAAUGUGCUUAGUCUAAGCGAACUGCUUUUAUUAUGAAGUACCUCUGAAGGCUCGAUUAGAGCUUUCAAGACGCAAAGAAUCAAAUCAAAAACUCCGCCAAUCAAACGAUUGGCGACCAAAAAAAUCUUGUAAAGAAAACAAAUCCUAGGUUAGUGAUAAGCAAGCAAAUGAAAAAUGUGUGAGGAAAACGAUGAUUAGCUGCCAUACAAAUAAGAACAUCUAAACAAAAAGCAAUGCAAAAACAUUAAACAAAAAUAAGAUAAAACGAGGGCCACCACCCGCAAACCAACACCAACGAAUAAGGCGGUGGUGACACCUUUGAAACAAAAACAUCUAGAAGAAAACCUCUGUAAAUAAGUAAGCGUUAUUUGUACAUUUUAUUAUUUUUUUGUUUUAGUUUUCUUACUUUUUGUACCUGUAACAUUGUCACAAUGCAAACAAGAAGUUAAGAAAAAUAAAAAUACGAAGGCAACACGAUCGGCACUCCCAGCUACACAGUUACCGGUGCCCCGGAAAGAGCGGCCGGUGAUGAUGGUCUGGUCGUUCCGCCCAGUAAUUCGGUGUCAUCACAGUAGGCGGGCUUAAACGGAGUUCCGCCCACUGUCUGGCGAUGGCGAUUACGGUGACAGGAGCCUACCGACCACCGAGCACCAGCCGACGAUCCGGGGCACAAGUGAGGCAGCUCGGGAGUGGUUGAUUAUUUGCCUACGAAUCAAAGAAAAUUCAA